AUGGGUAAUUAUCCAAAAGCACUUUCAUUUCACGAGAAAGAUCUUGAAAUCAGUACACAAUCGCUUCCUCCCAAUGAUCCUGAUUUGGCUAAGUCCUACAAUAACAUUGGUGUAGUGCAUGAAAACAUGGGUAAUUACACCGAAGCACUUUCUUCUUAUGGAAAAGCUCUUGAAAUUCGACAACAAUCACUUCCUCCCAAUCAUCCUGAUUUGGCGACUACCUACUAUACGAUUGCUUCAGUGCAUGACAGCAUGGGUAAUUAUCCGAAAGCACUUUCUUAUUAUGAGAUAGAUCUUGAAAUCAGUCAACAAUCACUUCCUACUAAUCAUCUUGAUUUGGCUGCUUCCUACAACAAUAUUGGUUUAGUGCAUGACAACAUGGGUAAUUAUUCGAAGGCACUUUCAUCUUAUGAAAAGGCUCUUGAAAUCAGAGAACAAUCAUCUCCUUCUAAUCAGCCGUAUUUGGCUAUUUCUUACAACAACGUUGGUGAAGUGCAUAGAAAGAUGGGUAAUUAUCCGGAAGCACUUUCUUAUUAUAAAAAAGAGUUUGAAAUUCUGCAACAAUCACUUUCUCCCGAUCAUCUUGAUUCAGCUAUAUCCCAGGACGACGUUGAUUUAGUGAAUUGCAAUGUAGGUUCAGUGCAUUACAACAUGGGUUUAGUGUAUUACAACAUGGGUAAUUACCCUGAAGCACUUUUAUCUCAUGAAAAAGCUCUUAAAAUUCAACAAGAAUCACUUCCUUUCAACCAUCCUGAUUUGGCUUUUUCCUACAACAACAUUGGUCUGGUAUAUGAAAACAUGGGUAACGAUUCAAAAGCUCGUACAUUUUAUGAAUAUGCUAUACUAAUUGCACAACUAUCAUUACCUUCAAAUCAUCCUGAUAUUCAGUUAUUUAGAAAUAAUCUUAGAGACGUAAUAAACAAGUAA